AAUUUAAACAAAAAAAGAAAAUAAUACUCCGUAUAUCUGCUUAUACCUAUGAGUCAAUGCUCCAAAGUCAAAACCCUAUACUAAUCCCAAAGUGGUUCUCUUCCAAAAUCGAAACUUUCAGAUGUCCGCCGCCAGAUCAUUUAUCCGCUCCGGCGCCGGCCGAGCAGCCGCGGCAGCAUUUCGUUCGACAAAACCUAUGCCGUCUUCUGCGCGGUCUUCGUUUAAGAUGCCUAAACCGAGCCCACUCUCUCCCCGCGUUUUCAGAUCACCGGUGGCAUUGAGCUGCUGCGUGGAGACGAUGCUUCCGUACCACACGGCCACUGCUUCUGCCUUGCUCAAUUCCAUGCUCUCUGUUUCUUCAUCUCGCUGCUCCGUUUGGACCCUCGGAGAUAUCAUUGAUGAUGCAUGAUGGUUUUCAAAUGGAGAGUGGGGGAAUGAAUGCAGUUGAAGGCAAGAUGACGAAGUGUUGUUUUUCUAUUGUAAAGAAUCUUAAGUGACAGCAAACUGAGUCAUGUUUCUUCUUAGGUCAUAAGAUCUGCCUUUUAGCCUUUAAGAGUGUCCUAUACAUUUUGUCAAGGACCGACCAGUUCAAUUCCGGACAUAAGUAAAAGACCACAUAGACCUGAUUCAUGCUU